GUGGCCCUGUGAGAGCAAAGCCCCCCUUGGCAACCAUGUGCAUCAUCUUCUUUAAGUUUGAUCCUCGCCCUGUUUCCAAAAAUGCAUACAGGCUCAUCCUGGCCGCCAACAGGGACGAGUUCUACAACAGACCCUCCAAGCUGGCUGACUUCUGGGGGAGCAACAACGAGAUCCUCAGCGGGCUCGACAUGGAGGAGGGCAAGGAAGGAGGCACGUGGCUGGGCAUCACCAAGCGUGGGAAGCUGGCGGCGCUCACCAACUACCUGCAGCCCCGGCUGGACCACGAGGCCCGGGGGCGAGGUGAACUGGUGACCCACUUUCUGACCACUGAGGUGGACAGCUUGUCCUACCUGAAGAAGGUCUCUGUGGAGGGCCACCUGUACAACGGCUUCAACCUCCUAGCGGCUGACCUGAGCACAGAAAGGGGAGAUGUCGUUUGCUACUAUGGAAACCGGGGGGAGCCCGAGCCUGUCGUCCUGACGCCAGCUUUAUUGAGACACGACUCAGCCGUAGCACGGCUCACCGUGUACAAAGCGCCAUUCAGCAGGUCUCCGUCCAUCCACAAAGCCGUGCGGCCGUCACCUCCACCCCGUUCCAGGACGGUCGCAGUCCCUGCCUCGCCCCUUCCCCGGCCCCCAGCCACCUCCCACCUGCUUUCUGGCUCUAAGAGCUGCCUGGUCAGGGCAUUCCACGCGGACGGGACUGUGCGGUGCGUGGUGUGGGGACGACUUGUUCCCUUAGUGUUCUCAGGGUCUGUCAGGCUGUGGCCUCAGUCAGCGCUGUGUCUCUUGACGGCUGAGUGAUCCUGCGCGGGUGGACACCGUCGUGUUUCUCUGGCCGUCCCGUGACGGACACUUGAGUUGCUGCUCCCCUUUGGCUACCGUGAACAGCGCUGCUACGAACGUGUUCGUGCGGACACGCGUGUUCCUGGCUCUUGUGUCCGUUCUCAGUUGAGGGACGUAGGAUGUGUUUCUGCCUUUUGACUGUUGUGGAUGCCGCUGCCGCAAACCCACGGGAACAAGUGUCUGUGUGGUCGUGUGCCUGAGAGUGGGGCUGCUGGGCCCCAGGGCAGCUCUGUGGAACUUUUCGAGGAACUUCCAGACUGUUCCCAAAGCAGCUGCACCGUUUCGUGCUCCCAGCAGUACGUGGGGGUCGCGGCUGUGGUCUGUGUGGUCGCAGCUGUCCCAGUGGGGGUGCGGCGGUGCCUCCCUGUGGUUUUGCCGUGCGCUUCCCGACGCCGAGCGGCGUUGAGCGUCUUUUCACGUGCUUGCCGGCCAUGCGUGUGUUCAGAUUGGUUGACUUUUUGAGUUGCAGGAGUUCUUUGUACAUUCUAGCUGCACGUCUCUUAUUCGAUAUAUGAUUUGCAAAAAUUGCCUUCCACUCUGCGCUUUCUUUUUACUUUCCUUUUGGCAUAUUUUGAAGCACAAAGCUUUAAAUUUUGACGAAGUCCCUUUUUUCUGUUUUUUUCUUUGGUUUCUGAUCUAAGAGGCCAUUGCCUCAUCCAAGGUCACGAAGCUUCUCCCUUGUUUUCUCCUGAGUUUCACAGUUUUAGCUUUCAUUUAGGUCUCUGGUCCAAUUUGAGUUAACUUCUGUGUAUGGUGUGAGGUAACUCCAUUCCUUGGGCACGGUGGCCCAGUUGGAUGGCCUUCCGGUCACUCCUGAUGGAAAAGACACCGGGACACCUGGGCGGGUGGCAUGGCGGAGGGGACCCCAGCAGGGCCAGGGCCCUUUCCCUGGGAAGCACCUGGAGCAAUGUCAGACUUGGCCGAGAUCCUGACCUGGGAGUUUGGCAGGGCAGAGGGUGGCGUCCUGGCACCCCUGACGCACCGCCAGGGCACAGCCCUGAGCAGGCCUUCCCCACCGCGGUUCUGAGGCACCUCUCUGCCUCACGUCUGUGCCCCUCACUUUUGUGACAUGAGAAACCUUUUCCUUUUGGUCCUACCUCUGCCACCACUCUGGGAACUGGUUCUGAGAAACCCCAGCUCAGAGUCCUUGCGCCAAGACCCCCGGGUCCCCCAGCCAGGGUCCGGCUGGCGUGCAGAGGUGGGCCCUGCUCGGCUGAGACCCUGCCCACACCCUUUGGGCAGGGCUGUCCCCAGGGUUGGGGUUCCCUGAUGCCGAUGUGAGUCGGGACUGACCUGGGUGGGCGCCCCCCACCCUCGCUCAGAGACAGGUGAGGUGGGAGCCGCCUCCCUUUCCAUCCUUCCCCGUGCCCCCUCUGGGCUGUAAGUUGUUUAUUCCACUCAAGCUGCCUAGCGUCUGUGCGCCAGGGCCUCCCAUGGGGCCCUGCCCCGCGUUGAGUGCUCUACCCCUCGCCACACACAUGGGUCUGGCAUGGGUGUAGGGAAGGUGCCGGAGCACGGGACGGCUUGGCCUCGGGCUGGUCUGGCUGUGCCACCCCGGCCGUAGUCCUGGCGCCUUACGCUGCGCUGGGCGGGUGGGUUCAC